UUUAUGCACUCACCGUUAAUUUUAAUUUCACUGUCGGUAGUAAAUUACAUCAUUUUGUGGAUAAGAAAGACGGCAACACACAAUUUACACAUUAACAACUCUAGAGAGAGAUAAAGAAGCCAUUUUUGCUUUUCUUCGUCGUCUUCAUCGUUUUUUAUUUAUAAGAAGCAGGAACGGGAAAAGGGGGAUUGAGAGAUCUGGGCGGAGAUGGCGAAGAAGGAUUGCGAGCUUUGCUGUAAGGCGGCCAGGAUGUUCUGCGAGUCGGAUCAGGCCAGUCUCUGCUGGGAAUGCGACGAGAAGGUUCACGCCGCGAAUUUUUUGGUCGCCAAGCACUCAAGGACGCUGCUCUGCCAUGUCUGCCGCUCUCCGACGCCGUGGAGAGCCGCCGGACCGCGCCUCGGACCGACUGUCUCCGUCUGCCACGCCUGCGCGCUGCAAGGGGAAACUCCGCCGCCGGACGGAAAUGAAGACGCCUCCGAUUCCAGGGAGAGGGAGAGCGAGAUCGACGGCGAAGUAAUUUAUAGCGACAGUGAAGGAGACGAAGAAGAAGAAGAAGAAGAAGAAGAAGAAGAGGAUGAAGAUGAAGAAGAGAUGGAGGAAGACGGAGAGAAUCAAGUAGUGCCUUGGUCCGCCGCCGUCUUCGAUUCGCCGCCGCCGCAGGCGAGUUCUUCCGGCAGCGAUGAGAAUGUGUCGAUUUCGGCUUCUUCUUCCAAGAGAUCGCGCGAAAACUACCCUCACGAGUCUUCUGAGGAUGAAGAAGGAUGCUGUUCAUCACAGGAUACAUACUCCAAAUUACUCUGCACCGCCGAAUCGGCGGUUGAGGAAUCCCCCGGCGGUUUCUCAAGACCAUUAAAAACUCGUAGAACCGGAACACCGCCGCCGGCGGAAGCAUCCGGAGAGCCGUCGCCGGCGGAGGGGACGCCGGCCAUUGUAGAAAAGCUGCGCAGAUUCCAGCGAGAAAUCGGCGCAGAAGGCGCCGCCGCCGCCGACACAGCAACCAUCGUCCUCAGCCUCAGCAAGUUCACCAGAGAUGAGUAAUUUUUUUCUUCAAAAAAUCUGCAGACUUAAACCCCAUUAAUUACAGUUUUUUUUGUUAUUUGUUUGUUCAGGUAAUUAUUCCAUCUAAUCUCAUCCAAAUUUGAAAAUAACGAACAGAGUUGAUUAAUUCAUGGCGUGUUUCUUCAUUUUCUUCCCUCAACUUUAAUGGUUUGGUUGAGCUUUGCCCUAAAAUGGAAUAAAGCGUCUGCAUCACGAAUUCAA